UCUCAAACACACACACACACACACACACACACACAGCUCUGUCACUUCACAUGGGCCCACUCAUAUUUGGGGCUGGGAAGAGCAUUGGUCUUGGAGAGAGUGGGGGCAUUAGAGUUAUUUUCCACCACCCCAGGAGGCACCAGAUGAAUUACAUCUCAGGCGAAACGGAAGCAUAAAGCACAGACUACUGAAGUGUGGCUGGUUUUCUCAGUGCAAUGGAUAAAUCAUAUGAACCUGAGGACAGGUUCAAAGUGGCCACAGCCCAUCCUGCACCCAGGAGCCCAAGCAGAGGACAGUGGUCUAAUAAAAUUGAGUUCCUGUUGGCUGUUGCAGGACAAAUUAUAGGUUUGGGAAAUGUGUGGAGGUUCCCUUAUCUGUGCUACAAAAAUGGAGGCGGGGUGUUCUUCUUCCCUUAUGUACUCUUCCUCUUUACCUGCGGCAUCCCGUUGUUUCUCCUGGAGACGGCCAUUGGACAGUACACUAACCAAGGAGCAAUUACCUGCUUUCAGAAAAUCUGCCCCCUCUUUGAAGGAGUGGGUUAUGGCAGUCAGGUGGUUAUCUUAUAUUCCAGCAUCUAUUACAUCAUCAUUCUGGCCUGGGCGUUCUUUUAUCUAUUCUCUUCAUUCAAGUCUGAACUGCCAUGGGCGAGCUGCAACAACAACUGGAACACAGAGACCUGCAUGGAGUUUGACCGAAAGCUCUUCAACUGGACCAUCCCACAAAAUGCAACUUCUCCAGUGAGGGAAUUUUGGGAAAGAAGAGUUUUGAAUAUAACAGGGAGUAUCCAUGAGUUAGGCAACAUACGAUGGGAGUUGGCUUUGUGUCUUCUACUCUCUUGGAUCAUCUGUUACUUUUGUGUCUGGAAAGGAGUCAAGUCCACAGGGAAGGUAGUUUACUUCACUGCUACAUUUCCUUACGUCAUGCUGGUGGUGUUGCUUAUUCGUGGUCUUACAUUGCCAGGGGCCUCAGAAGGUAUCAAGUUCUACCUUACCCCUGACCCAUCCCGACUAACUGAUCCCCAGGUGUGGAUAGAUGCUGGCACACAAAUCUUUUACUCUUACGCAAUUUGCAUUGGGUGCCUGGCUGCACUUGGCAGUUAUAAUAAAUACAAUAAUAACUGUUACAAGGACUGUGUGUACUUGUGCCUUCUGAACAGUGGGACCAGUUUUGUUGCUGGCUUUGCCAUCUUCUCUGUACUUGGUUUCAUGGCAUAUGAGCAAAACAUAGACAUUUCCAAAGUGGCCGAGUCAGGCCCUGGCUUGGCGUUCAUUGCUUACCCUCGUGCUGUGGCCAUGAUGCCUUUUCCUCAAGUGUGGGCUGUUUUCUUCUUUGUUAUGAUCAUUCUCCUGGGGCUGGACAGUGAGUUUGUAGGUCUGGAAUCUCUGGCAACAUCAGUUUCAGAUAUGAAACCUUCCUUCUUCCACAUUGGCCAUCGACGUAAAGUUCUUCUACUCACUGUUAGCGUUGUUAGUUUCUUCAUCGGUCUUGUGAUGGUUACAGAAGGUGGGUUGUACAUCUUCCAGCUAUUCGACUAUUACGCCUGCAGCGGGAUGACUCUACUUCUCUUUGCCAUAAUGGAGUCUGUGUGCAUUGGAUGGGUGUUCGGUGCAGAUCACUUUUAUGAAAUCUUGGAGGACAUGAUUGGAUACAAACCUUUACCCCUGAUAAAAUACUGCUUGAAAUAUGUCACUCCAGUAAUCUGUACAGCAACAUUUUUUUUCUCCUUGGUCAAAUUCACACCACUAAAGUUCAAUAAUGUAAUGGAAUAUCCGUGGUGGGGAUAUGCUAUUGGCUGGUGGUUCACGCUGUCCUCAACCCUUCUGGUUCCUCUGUGGAUGCUCUACAAUGUGUUUCGCACUCCCGGUACACUCAGACAGAGAAUCUCCAUCUUGUGCAAACCUGCAGAUGACCUUCCUUUGUCCAAAGUGGAGAAGAAAGCACAUGAACUGUUGAACUUAACUGCGGCCAACAACAUGAUGAUGUCCCCAUGAGAAGAGACACCAGCAUGUUGUGAUAUUUCUGUGAACCACAUUGUGAGGCAGAAAGAUGGGGUUACAAGUUUUCAAAUGUGCAAUUGUUGUCGUUGGAGUUCUUCAUGAACUACAGAGUUUAAAUGAUGUGUUUCCACUACAUGUCAUGGUUGUGCCCAAGACAAAUUAAAAAUCAAAUCAAAGUGAUCAUUAUUAAUGUAGAUCUAUAUUUUUGUGAAUGGUCACGGCAAUGCUAGGGACAGGAGGCUACAGCAAUGUCAUCAUCAGUUCAUCUAUUUAAAGCUACAUUCUCCACAUUUGAUUUAGUGAUACUGUAGUGUAAUUUCUAUGAUGGCAGACUAUAGAUUAGACAUCCUGAUGAUUUAGGGAUGCUGGACUGGAUCAGAAAAGAGCUAAGCCAGAAGCUAAGACUUUCGAUUUAUCAGUCGCUUCACACUCCUGUCUUCAUCUAUGGUCGUGAACUUUUGAACUUUGGGCAAUGGCUGAAAGAACAAAGACACAGAUACAAGCAGAUGAAAUGAGAUUUGUCCAUUGACUAUUUGGGUUUACAUUCCGGGACAGGGUGAGAAGCUUGUCUAUCUGGGAAGAACUCGGAGUAUAGCUGCUGCUUCUACGCAUCGAAAGGAGCCAGCUGAGAUGGUUCGAGCAUCUGGUGAGGAUAUCCCUAGUCGUCUGCCUAAGGAGGUCUUCCAUGCACAUCCAACUGGGAGGAGGCCCCAGGAAAGACCCAGGACAUGCUGGAGGGAUUAAAUUUCCCAGCUGGCUUGGAAAUGCCUCAGAACCCCACUGGAAGAGUUACAGGACUUGGUUGAGGAUGGUGGAGUAUGGCAUGAGCUGCUUGGUCUACUGCCACUGUGAUCCAGACCAAGAUAAGCAUAAGAGAAGGAAUGAAUGAAUGACUAAAUGAAUGCAGCAUUCCAAUUUGUACAAAAGUUUCAUUUAGAGUUUAGUGUUAAAACUUUGACCCCCCCCCCAUUACAGGCUAACAUAAUAUCCAUUACACCACAGGCCUCCGAAAUCAAAUGUGGAGGUUACAGUUUUAAUUAGAAGAACCCACAGUGACAUCACUGCUGGCACACUGUUUGUUGUUUUGUUUUUGAUUAUGUAAGGAAUUGAAAUAUAAUCAAUACUGAAUGGCCUCACAUGGGCAGCACCAUAAAAUAUAUAACAAAUAAUUAAUAUAAUCAAAAAUAAUUCUGGUGUACCUUCUACGGGCGCACAAGAAUAUAAUGUAAGUUGUAGACAGAAUAGAAGUUAAAACAAUAUUUAAUCAAAAAUGAAAUUUAAUUAAAUGCCUCUAAAGGGGCACCACCUGCUUAGACACACAGGAACGUCAUGUUAAUCAAUAUUAAUCAGUCUUUAAUCUGAAAGUCAUAAAUUCAAGAUAUGAUUGAUCAAACAUCUGUCUUCUACUGGACACAAGAAAAACAACUGGCAUAAUAUUUACAGACUUAUUUACAUAUAGG